AUGCCUGUGUUUUACUCACCUGUUCCCGAGACCCUGCAGAUGGGUCUGGCCUACAUGGGAGGCUCUGUGUUUACUAACAACAGAACAGCAGACAGCGAUUUCUCCAGGGAGCAGGAGGACGCUUCGGUGGUCAACGAGCUGGUCUCUCACCUCCCCCUGCAGAUGCUGCUGUACUUCAAUCUGUUUUAUUUCCCCUGUUGGUGGUUUUCUUCUGUGUUCAUGUUGGAAGUAAAGUUCUAUUAUCUUCCCGGGUACUACCAGGCUCUUCUCAUAACCGGGGUGAUCCUCCUCACAGUCGUUGAAGUGGUCCGACUUUAUCUGGGCUACAUUGGCAACCUUAAAGAAAAGGUGCCAGAGCUGGCAGCCUUCUGGAUUCUGUCUUUUAUGUUCCAGCUGCCAGUGCUGCUGUUCUUCCUCACCGAUGAAGGAAUUAUCAUCCUGCCUCUGGAGAGAGCUGUCCACUCCCUCUACCUCCUCUUCCUCCUCGCCCAGAUCCUGACCUCCUUUCUGGCGCUCCGUACCAUGACCCGAAAGCUCACUCUGCUCUUCUAUCUGCGACAGAUUGGAAAGGUGGAGAGCUUCAACCAUGAGAGGAUGAGCCCCAUCGGGCCGUCCUACCGCCGCAGUGUGUUGCCCAUCUCACCCACACGUGAUAUGUACCACUAA